GGGGCCGGGCGGGCGGGGGCCGGGACUUCUGGGUCCCAGGGAGUUGGGGUUCGGACUGCCGAGUCCUCCAGGCAGGGAAGCAACGGACUCCGUCCUCUCUCCUUUCUCCACUCCCGACUUACAAACGCGAGCUCCGUGCGGCGUGGGAGGGUCCUCGUCGGAGCUGCUGUGAAGAGAAGGCGUGGAGCGAGCAGGGGGCUUGACCAUCGCGUGCCCCGAUCGCUCUCCCAGGACCCCAGUGUCCAGCCACCGGUCACCUCCCCCGCCGCCCCCCCAGGACCAAACUCCUCCUCCCCCUUUUGGGGUGUGAUUCCUGCUCCCCCACCCCCGGGCCUCCUCCAUCACCUCCCUCCCAGCACGAGUCUCCCACGUGUGUCUCAGGUGGUGGCCGUAGCGGCGCGCGACCUGAGCCGCGCGAAGGAGUUUGCACGGAAACAUGACAUCCCCAAGGCCUACGGGUCCUACGAGGAGCUGGCCAAGGACCCGGACGUGGAGGUGGCCUACGUGGGCACCCAGCACCCGCAGCACAAGGCCGCCGUGUUGCUGUGUCUGGCGGCAGGCAAGGCCGUCCUGUGCGAGAAGCCGAUGGGCGUGAACGCCGCGGAAGUGCGAGAGAUGGUGGCGGAGGCCCGAUCCCGAGGCCUCUUCCUUAUGGAGGCCAUCUGGACCCGAUUCUUUCCUGCCGUAGAGGCUCUGCGGGCUGCUCUGGCCCAGGGAACUCUGGGGGACCUUCGAGUGGCUCGCGCAGAAUUUGGGAAAGACCUCACUCACGUACCGCGGGCCGUAGACUGGGCCCAGGCUGGCGGCGGCCUGCUGGACAUUGGUAUCUACUGCAUCCAGUUCAUCUCCAUGGUCUUCGGUGGGCAGAAGCCGGAGAAGAUUUCAGCCAUGGGAAGGCGCCAUGAAACAGGUGUGGACGACACUGUGACUGUGCUGCUGCAGUACCCAGGGGGCGUCCACGGCAGCUUCACCUGCAGCAUCACCGCCCAGCUCUCCAACACGGCCUACGUGAGCGGGACCAAGGGCAUGGCCCAGAUCCUAGACCCCUGCUGGUGUCCAACAGAACUGGUGGUAAAGGGGGAGCGCAAGGAGUUCCCGCUGCCCCCAGCCCCAGGCAAGGAGUUCCAUUUCACAAACGGAGCGGGCAUGACUUAUGAGGCCAGGCACGUCCGGGAGUGCCUGCGAAAGGGUAAGGACGUGCAAGAGGAGGGUCAGCUUUUUGGCUCCAUUCAGGCCUUCAACGGAUGGGAUGAGGUCCACCCACCUUAG